AUGACGCAACGAAUCAGCGACGUGAUAAAACAAGAUCACAAGGAAAUAAUAGCAUGCUACCAUCGCAUUGUGGACGCAAAUUACCACGAUGAAAUAAUCCGAUUUCAGAACCUUUUCAUCUGGGAGCUAGCACGGAAUGUCGCUGCAGAAGAACUUGUCGUUUAUCCAGCUAUUGAAAAGGCUGUCCGUGGAGGGCUUAUGGUAGCUGAAAAAGAUCGCCAGGCGCACCAACGCAUUAAAGCGCAGCUCAAGACAUUUCAACACACGCAGCCAUCUAACCCGCAGUUUAUUCCCAUAAUCAAAGCCUUAAUGGUAGAUGUGUCUCGGUAUAUCGAUGACGAAGAAACCAACGAUCUCAUGAAACUAGAGGAGUCAUUGAGCGAAAAGGACAGCAAUGCUCUUGCCAAUUCUUUCGUGAGAACCAAGGCCUUUGUUCCGUCACGAUCUCACCCAAUAACUCCAAGCAAACCGCCACUGGAGACGGCUUUUUGCUUGGUGACUGCGCCCAUUGACCAGGUGGCUGAUAUGUUCCGAAAAUGCCCUCAUAGAGACCAAGCUGUUAAGUGA